AUCUUUGUAGAGGAUGCGUUUUCGUCCUGGGCGGUGUGGAGGCUGGAGGUUGAACCUUUACAAAAUUUACAGCUAAAAAGUAAUUAAAAGGUACGUUUUACAUGAUAGGUUGUUUCUCUUUCUGUUAUUAAACUAUAUAUUCGGUUCCAUAUACUAAAUAUGCCUGUCGAAGUCACGUCUUCAGUUCAGGAGACCCAACAACAAGAUGAAGAAGAAGGAAGCGAGGUUCAACAAACAAGUAAGCCGAUGGUCGGCAUCAUCUACCCGCCACCAGAGGUGCGAAAUAUUGUUGACAAGACUGCAAGUUUUGUAGCAAGGAAUGGCCCAGAGUUUGAAUCACGUAUUCGUCAGAAUGAAAUCUCAAAUGCAAAAUUCAACUUCCUCAACCAUGGUGAUCCAUACCAUGCCUACUAUCAGCAUAAGGUUAAGGAAUUCCAGGAGGGAAAACCUUCAGAACAAACAGGCAUUAUUACAAAGAUUGCACCAAUUUUGUCCAAGACAGUGCAGCAAGUAGUUGAGCCUGCAGUUCCCAAGGAAUCACCACCAGAAUGGGAGUUUAUUGCUGAUCCACCUUCAAUUUCAGCUUUUGAGCUUGACAUAGUGAAACUGACAGCUCAGUUCGUGGCACGUAAUGGACGACAAUUCUUGACAACAUUGAUGAACAAGGAACAGAGGAACUAUUUGUUUGACUUCUUACGGCCUCAGCACAGCAUGUUCAACUACUUCACAAAGCUGGUGGAACAAUACACCAAGGUUUUGAUUCCUCCAAAAGAUGUGCUUGCAAAGCUGCGCAAGGAGGGUGAAAACCCCAAAAGUGUGAUGGAACAGGUGAAACACCGUGUAGAAUGGGCACGAGUGAAAAAUCUAAGGAAUAGCUUUUUAAAAUUUUCUUCAUUUUACUUUCCAGUUGCAUAUGCACAGAUUGAUUGGCAUGAUUUUGUUGUGGUGGAAACCGUUGAUUUCCAGCCUGAUGAACCUGGCCACUUCCCUCCGCCAGUCAAGCCAUCAGAAGUGGGGGCUAGGGUCAUUGCUGAAGAACGAUAUGAGCAGUUUGGGGAAACUCUGCAUGAAGAGGAUGAUGUUGUUAUGGAUGUUGAGAGUGAAGAAGAAGAAGAGGAGCAGGAGGACGGGGAAAAAGAAGAAAGCAGGCAACACAAAGUUGCUGAAAAACCGAAAGAAAAGAUACAACCAGCUGACCAGAACACAGAGGUUCAGGACAUGGAUGAAGGAGAUUCAGAUAUGGAGGAAAGCAGUGAUGAGGAGGAGCCUCCGAUUCCAAUUCCGCCGCCAAUGAUACCACCAAUGCCGCCAGCACCAAUGCCAGCGUUACCUAGAGAGACCACACCUAUGCCGCCCCCACUGCCACCCCAACCGGAAGAAGUUGAAAUCAGGAAGGAUUAUAAUCCUAAAGCACCUAAACAAGUUGAUAUCAGUGAGGAAUCAUGGUUGGUAUCGCCACUCACACGAGAGAAGAUUCCAGCAGACAAGCUAGCACAGCAUAUGAAGAUUGGAAUGUUGGAUCCACGGUGGAUCGAGCAACGUGACAGACAAAUGCAAGAGAAGACAGAUAAACACGAUGUGUUCGCUCAGGGUGAUGCCAUGAAGGAUCAUCUCACAAAACUUGCAGAGAGACGUACAGAUAUUUUUGGUGUCGGUGAUGUGGAGACAGGAAUUGGUAAAAAGCUUGGUGAAGAGGAAGAUGAUAAGCAGAACAAGGACAAGGUCAUUUGGGAUGGACACUCUGCUAGCAUGGAGGCUACUACAAGGAAGGCACAAGCAAACAUUACAGUUGGAGAUCAAAUAGCAGCCAACCAAAAGGCAGAAGGUUUCUUGCCUGAUGCAGAGAAAGAGAAGAUUGGACCGGCCAAACCUUUUCAAAAGUAUCCGGUACAGAAUAUCCCAAGGUCGAUGCAUAUGCCAAAGCCUGUGCCAGCACCUUUGCCAGCUCCUCCGAAGCCCCCCAUGAUGGGUGGUCCUAGGCCACCAAUGCAACCGAUGGGAUCUGGAGCACCUUUGUUGAAUCAACCACCACUCAUGCAAGUGGCACCACCAAGACCUGUUAUGGCAAUGCCAGUCAGGCCUAGGACUACACUACUUCCGUCCUCAGGGCCACAAGGAUUUAUGCAAGGUCGUCCUGUUGGUAUGCCACAGCCACCAAUGGGGAUGCAGAUGGUACGUCAACCUGGACCACCGCCCCCACAGGCCAGAAUGAUGCAGGAUGAACCACCAGCUAAGAAACAGAAGACUGAAGAAUCACUGAUACCAGAAGACCAGUUCUUGGCCACAAAUCCUGGUCAAGUUACAUUCCGUGUCCAGUUGCCAAAUGUGCCAGACAAGCCAGAAUGGAAGCUUGCAGGUCAAAUAGUUACAAUGACGUUACCACUGACCGACUCAGUAUCGGUUAUCAAGGCCAAGUUAAUGGACGACCUCAAUAUGCCUGUUGGUAAACAGAAAUUACAGUAUGAGGGCCUGUUUAUUAAGGACUCCAACUCCUUAGCAUACUACAACAUGAGUGCUGGCAGCAUUGUUCAACUUCAAGUAAAAGAGAGAGGAGGUCGAAAACGCUAGUGUCCUUGGCAUUUAUUUUAAUUAUGAAUCACUUUUCAUUUACUUUAUCAUGAUUCUAGACUCUACUUGCUGAGCUUAUCUUUUUUUUGUAUAUGGAGUAAAAAAAAAUCAGAAAUAUGCCGAUUACUAGCUGAUACAGGAAUGCCCCUUGUAAUUUUGAAUUUGAGUUCAGCAAGUAAGUGAUACAGUGACCGGAGAAAUAAUGCAAAGCAUUUAGAUACUAUUACAUUAUGUAGUCAGACUCACUCUGUGUCAAUUAAACUCAAUCGACCUACACAUUAUUAUAAGGCAAUAUAUAAUUCUUGUGUGCUAUUCAAGCACAGAAACAUGUGGAAAUAAGUGUUGAAAGUUUUGUCGGUUCUAGGGUUCAAUACCAACCAUCACUCACCCCAUACAUUUUUGUUUAUAGAAUGACAACCAUAUGGCUGAAAGUUGUGGUUUUCAAAUACAGUUAAACUUGUAAUAGGUCAACCUUAUUUUAGAUGCCAAAUUGUUAUGUUUUCCAUUAAUUGGCAAUUUGUAAGUAAGACAAUUUUUCAAUGCCAUUUUGAAUUUGACUUAGGCAAGUUCAACUGUAUAAAGUACAGUUGGAAUUGUGGAAGUCGACUUGGUAAAUUGUUGUUUUCCAUUAAUUAACCAUCUGUAAUUUGAAUUUUAUCUAAGUCGAACAAUUUUUCCAAUGCCAUUUUAGAUUUGACUUAGGCAAGUUCAUGUUUACUUUAUUAACUAUAGUUUAAUAAGACCUGAUGCAGUUAUUUUGGCCAAGUCUUUUUUGCCCUAAAUAAAGGAACCAACUCUAGAAUUUCAAAAUUUUUGAUUGGGUUGUUUGGCCCAUUUUUAUUUAAUAGGAAGUCAUUAUUGUGUAAACAUUGUAGAAUGUGUACCUUUGUUGAAAAACAUUGUAAGUGUUAAGUAUAUAAUUCAGAAAAUGUCAGACAAUAUGACAAAUAUGUAAUUUAAACACAAAUUUAAAUAUUUAUGUUAAUAUUUAGUAAACACCUUCAUAGAGCAAUUAUUACUGUUUCAUAGCAUGUUUAUAUUGCGUUUCUUACCAGCUGUCAUAGUCCUAGAUUUUGAGUGGUUUUAUUACUGUAAUAGAAUACAUCAAAAUACAAAAUCAGUAGUGUGAUUUUCAGGGGGAAGAAUUGGGACAUUAAAAUAAAUAUGUUACUUUGUGUACGGUAGUCAGUGGACGUGGUAAACUUAAACACUGAUGUGAUUUUUAAGGAAAAAAUUGUGGCCAGAGUUCAGAUUAUUAACAAUAAACUGCAUCAUAAAUGUUCAUGUAAUUUGAAUCAGUGGUAUCGGGAAAGGAAAUGUAAUAUUUCAGAAAGCUAUAAAUAAACCACAUUGUAAUAUC